CCACUCUCCUCACCGUUCCCCCCUUUCCCCUCGUGCUUCAUUAUCUAGCCGGCGGGAUCUAACCGUCAAGGCAGCGCUGGUGAAGAAGAAGGAAGAGAACAAGGUGUGAUCCCGCUUUCCUUUUCUGGAAGGAUAGAACCGGAAACUGAUAUUUUGGAGAAUUCGACUGUACAAAAGCCGCUUCUUCGAUCUCUGUGAAAACCUAAUUCUCAGAUAGUCAUGGCGUCGCCGUCGUCGUCCAUGAACCCUCCGUCUAUCCCCCUCAAGACUUACUUCAAAACUCCCGAGGGCAGAUAUAAGCUUCAGUAUGAAAAAACUCACCCCGCUGGCCUCCUUCAUUACUCUCAUGGCAAAUCCGUUUCUCAGUUGACGAUCGCGUAUCUCAAGGAGAAGUCAACUUCCCAAGGGCCGAGUGCGCCUUCGACGCCGAGCUCCAGUAGCGUGGUGAAGUCUGCAGCGGCUAGGCUUUUUGUUGGUGUUAAUGGAAGCAAGACCUUCUCUUAUGGCGGUGCAAAUGGUGGGAGCAAGGUAGUAUCUGGAACUAACAAGUUCGGAGGGACUUUCGGAGCAGGAUCGAGCAGCUCUCCUGCAGCAGCAAAUUAUGAUGGCAAAGGGGCCUACUUAAUCUUUAAUGCUGGUGACACGCUAUUCAUCAGUGAUCUCAAUUCUUCAGACAAGGAUCCGAUCAAGGCUAUUCAUUUCAGCAGCUCGAACCCUCUGUGCCAUACAUUUGAUUCUGAGGCGAAGGAUGGACAUGACUUGCUUAUUGGGCUUCAGUCUGGAGACAUUUACACAGUGUCAUUAAGGCAACAGUUACAGGAUCUUGGGAAGAAGCUUGUGGGAGCUCAACAUUACAAUAAAGAUGGCACAAUCAAUAACAGUCGCUGUACUUGUGUUGCAUGGGUACCAGAUGGCGAUGGCAUUUUUGUUGUUGCUCAUGCUGAUGGAAACCUCUAUGUGUAUGAGAAAAACAAGGAUGGGACUGUUGAGCCAUCCUUUCCUGCUGUCAAAGAUCCAGCUCAGUUUACUGUUGCUCAUGCACGGUCCAGUAGGAGCAAUCCGACCAUAAGGUGGCAUAUUUGCCAGGGUUCGAUUAAUAGUAUGUCGUUCUCAGUAGAUGGCACAUAUUUAGCGACGGUUGGUAGAGAUGGCUAUUUAAGAGUGUUUGACUACUCCAAAGAACGAUUAUUUUGUGGUGGAAAAAGUUAUUAUGGUGCGUUGCUUUGCUGUACUUGGAGUCCUGAUGGGAAAUACAUAUUAAUUGGUGGUGAAGAUGACCUAGUACAAGUUUGGAGCAUGGAUGUUCGAAAAAUAGUUGCAUGGGGGGAGGGGCAUAAUUCAUGGGUGAGCGGUGUUGCUUUUGAUUCUUUUUGGUCGGCUCCAAAUUCUGAUGGAAAUUCUGAUGGAAUCGGAGAAAAUGCUAUGUACCGUUUUGGAUCUGUUGGUCAGGACACUCGGCUACUUCUAUGGGACCUAGAAAUGGAUGAAAUCGUCGUGCCACAACGCUAUACACCUCAUGGCGGCUCACCUACACUCAGUGGCGGAGGUCAUUCUUCUGCUCACUGGGAUUCCACCCCAUCCAUAGGCACCCUUCAGCCACCUCCAAGCAUGCGGGAUGUCCCGAAGCUCGCCCCUCUUUCGGCUCACCGUGUCCACGUGGAACCUUUGUCCGGUUUAGUCUUCACUAAAGAAUCAGUCGUCACGAUAUGUCGCGAAGGCCACAUAAAAAUCUGGGCCAGGCCUGGGGAUGGUGAUACCAGCGAGCCAAACUCUGAUACCGGCGGCUUUGUAACUGCUGCUUUAAAAGAUAGACCUGUUGGGGCUCCUUUCAUGAAGGUGAAUGGUCCCAGUUUUAAGCUAACGGCAUCAAAUUUUAUACGAAAUUAGAGCAUUGUUUGCUUGGAUAGAUUGUGGUUUUGUUGGAUUUGAAAUCUUGUUAGGCAAAGUUAGUGUGUGGGAUUUCUUUCAUCUUUCCCACCUGUCAAAUUUGGCCGACAGAGAAGGUUUAUUGCUGUUGUAAUUAUUAGAAAGGCUUAUGUUAUUUAUGUCAGUGUGGCCAUUUGGGUGGCUGUAGAGAAUAAGCACAUGUGGUUCUGUAUAUACAUAAAAAGAAUUUUAUCAUACAAGGCGUCUUCUUAGUUCUUAA